GUCUCCAGAAUCACAGACAUCAUGGCGUCCCUAUCGAUGGCACCGGUCAACAUCUUCAAACAUGGAGCUGAUGAGGAGAAAGCUGAGACUGCUCGACUGUCGUCCUUCAUCGGCGCCAUCGCCAUCGGAGAUCUGGUGAAGAGCACUCUGGGACCGAAGGGAAUGGAUAAGAUCUUGCUCGGUGGAGGGAAAGGCGGUUUGGUGACGGUGACCAACGAUGGAGCAACGAUCCUGAAAGCCAUCGGAGUCGACAACCCCGCCGCUAAAGUCCUCGUUGACAUGUCGAAGACUCAGGACGAUGAAGUUGGAGAUGGAACGACGUCUGUGACCGUGCUGGCCGCCGAGCUGCUGAGGGAGGCGGAGCUUCUGAUCGCCAAGAAGAUUCACCCACAGACCAUCAUCUCCGGCUGGAGGAAGGCGACGCAGGUGGCCAGAGAUGCUCUGAGGGAAGCUGCAGCUGACCACAGCAACGACCCGGAGCGUUUCAAGGAGGACCUGCUGAACAUCUCCCGCACCACUCUGUCCUCCAAGCUGCUGACUCACCACAAAGCUCACUUCGCCCAGCUGGCCGUCGACGCCGUCAUGAGGCUGAAAGGCUCCGGGAACCUGGAGGCCAUCCACAUCAUCAAGAAGCUCGGAGGAAGCCUGACCGACUCCUACCUGGACGAAGGUUUCCUGUUGGACAAGAAGAUCGGAGUGAACCAGCCGAAGAGGUUGGAGAACGCCAACAUCCUGAUCGCCAACACCGGCAUGGACACCGACAAGAUCAAGAUUUUCGGGUCCAGGGUUCGUGUGGACUCGACGGCGAAGGUCGCUGAGAUCGAACUCGCAGAGAAAGAGAAGAUGAAGGAAAAGGUCGACCGCAUCCUGAAACACGGAAUCAACUGUUUCAUCAACAGACAGCUGAUCUAUAAUUAUCCCGAGCAGCUGUUCGCUCAGGCCGGCGUCAUGGCCAUCGAGCACGCCGACUUCGCCGGCGUAGAGAGGCUCGCCCUUGUCACUGGAGGAGAGAUCACCUCCACCUUCGAACACCCUGAGAUGGUGAAGCUCGGCCACUGCAAGCUGAUCGAGGAGGUGAUGAUCGGAGAGGACACACUCCUCCACUUCUCUGGAGUCGCCAUGGGUGAGGCGUGCACCAUCAUCCUGCGAGGAGCCACCCAGCAGAUCCUGGACGAGGCCGAGCGCUCGCUGCACGACGCUCUGUGUGUGUUGGCUCAGACGGUGAAGGAGCCACGCACCGUCUACGGAGGAGGCUGCUCCGAGAUGCUGAUGGCCAAGGUUGUGACUGAUCUGGCCAAUAGGACGCCAGGAAAGGAGGCGGUUGCCAUGGAGUCAUUCGCCAAGGCUCUGAGCAUGCUGCCGACCAUCAUCGCUGACAACGCCGGCUACGACAGCGCCGACCUGGUGGCUCAACUGAGAGCUGCACACAUGGACAACAAGACCACCUUCGGACUGAACAUGUCUGAGGGCACAGUGGGCAACAUGGCCGAGCUUGGCAUCACAGAGUCGUUCCAGGUGAAGCGUCAGGUGCUGCUGAGCGCCUCCGAGGCCGCCGAGAUGAUCCUUAGAGUCGACAACAUCAUCAAAGCUGCACCCAGGAAGCGGGUUCCUGACCAUCACCCCUGCUAGAGGAAGAGGAGGAUGAAGAGGGAAGGGAUCAGUUUUGUUAUUUAUCACCUCUGUGUAGUUUAAAUUACAGAAACGCUCCGCUGUCAUGUUUUCUUUUCUCUGUUAAAAAUCACUGUGGAAGCACUGCACAGGCUAGCUGGCUAACGCUAGCCGACCAUCAGCUAACUUCAGUGGCUCUGCUAAUGCUAGCAAGACAGGAGCCGAGUCACAUGCUAACAGUAAGUUACUGUGAAUAAUGAAAUGUAGGUCAGUCUAAGUUUGCUAUGCUAAGAAAAUAAUUAGCUGAGGUCACAGCACUUGCUGGAAGUUGGCUAUGCUAACGUUAGCCAGUUGGCACCAACACGCUUAGAACGAGAACGUUUGGACGUUGUUUGUUUUGUUUACUGAAAUAAAAGAACCAAUCCUCA